CAAUUGCCGGCCUUCGAUUGCAACACUUUCAUCAUGUACAAGGUUUCGAUCAUCUGCUGCCUGCUGUUGGGCCUGUUCCUGGCCCUCAGCUCCGCCUACAAUGGCCAGGACAUCUAUGCCGAGCCCAAUUGCGCCAUUGUCGAGGAUCACGCUCGCAAGUUCCGCGACAUCUCGGACCCCACCCACUACUGGGUGUGCCCCGAGGGUCAGGAGAAGGCCGACUACAUCCAGUGCCCGGACAACUACGCCUUCAUGGAGCAGCAACAGAACUGCGUCGUCUGGGAGGAGUGGAAGUGGGUCGAGCCCUACACCAAAUAAAAAGCCAACUUUCGCACGCUCUCUGAACGUCUAAGCCGUUUAUGUUUCCUUUCUGCCGCCAAGUUUUGAUUGGAUUCGAUUGGAUUUACGGCUCAUAGGUGGUGGUUGUAUCAGUGGUGGUGCAAAUAAAUUAAUUAUGUGUCCUGGCACACAGUCAAACAA